AUGAAGACAUUUGCAAAUAUUUUUCUGGGACUUUUUAUCUUUGAGACCAUUGUGGCUGCUCCUACAAUAGAUACCUUAACUUAUGACUCUGAAACCUAUGAUGUAGCAUUGGAAGACUUGGAUAAUCUUUAUGACUACAAUGAAAACCUCCCCGUGGACCAGGCAGAGAUAGAGAUUGGAACCGUGUUACCUUCUGUAACUAGAGAGAUUCAUUCACCACCACCACUGCCAGAAGAAGCUGAGGAAGAAGCAUCAACACCAAAACUAAUUGACGGUUCUUCACCACAGGGAUCAGGAGUUCUUGGGCCCCAAACACAUGAUGGUCUUCCGACUUGCCUUCUGUGUACAUGUCUGGGGACCACAGUCUACUGUGAUGAUCAUGAACUCGAUGCUGUUCCUCCACUGCCCAAGAAAACCACCUAUUUCUACUCUCGCUAUAACAGAAUCAAAAAGAUCAACAAAAAUGACUUUGCUAAUCAAAACAAUUUAAAGAGGAUUGAUCUGACAUCAAAUUUUAUAUCCGAGAUUGAUGAAGAUGCCUUCAGGGAGCUGCCCCAGCUUCAGGAGCUAGUGCUCCGUGAUAACAAGAUAAGGCAGCUCCCCGAGUUACCGCCUACCCUGACAUUCAUUGAUGUUAGUAACAACAGACUUGGCCGCAAAGGAAUAAAGGAAGAAGCAUUUAAAGAUAUGGUUGAUCUGCAUCAUCUUUACAUCACUGACAAUAACCUGGAUCACAUCCCACUCCCACUCCCUGAAAGCCUCCAAGCUCUUCAUCUUCAGAACAACAACAUUCAGGAGAUGCAUGAAGACACUUUCUGCAAAAUGAAAGAUGUUACUUAUGCCCGUAGAGCUCUAGAAGACAUCAGACUGGAUGGCAAUCCCAUCAACUUGAGCAAGACUCCUUCUGCUUACAUGUGCCUACCCCGUUUGCCAAUUGGUAGCCUCAUCUAA